AUGCCCCCGGCAGCGCCUGACGAUCUGAUCCGCCAGCAUAGCCGGUCUUUAGAAGACGAGCACUCCCUAGCUUCAGCCGUUCCAGCCCCCACCCCCAUUAUUCAGGAGCAUGAGCCAAGUGGAAAGGGCAAGAAGAAGAAGAAGGGUAACAAGGCCAAGGGGGGCAAGGCAACCACCGAAACACCAGACGAUUUAGUCCCUACAUCGGCUCCUACUACGGAGGAGCCAUCGUCGUGUCCAGAUCCCUCACUGGACCAUCAUGCUCCUCCCAUCGUAACCUCUCCCGCGCUCGACGCUCUCGGGUCAAUCGGGGAAACUGCCGACAACGACCUCACCAGUCGGACAGAUAGCUGGGCACAAGCAGUGCCCUAUGGCAAAAGCCCGCCAACAGAUCUGAUGGAUGGCGAGCUUCCCAACGAGUCUCCACUCAACUUUCCGACCAUCCAGGAGCGUGGUGGUUUCAGUCAGCCCUCUUCGGCCUCGCCGCCGACUCGGAUUCGACCGUUUAGUUACGGAGGUGGCUAUCGGAGCAGUAUGCAAUCACGCCAGCAGUCGGUGGAUCGACGCAAGAGUCAUUCUUAUGGCAGCCCAAUGGGCAAUCUGACCCCACUACCGCAUCUGCCGCAGGCUCAUUUCUAUGGCGCCCCGGACAUAGAUCUUCCAACCCAGAAUCGCGCCGCUGCCGAUGGAGCCGCCUCUUUCUGCGGUUUCGAUACCCUCCCAAGCAUGUCGACCAAGACACCGCGGGCGGGAUUGAAUGUUCUCGUGGUCGGGUUGGACGGUGCUGUCGAGGUCCUUGCCGUUGACGAUCGUCGAACUCGUCUGGUUGGGCAGAUCACCGGCCUGAAUGGCAGGGUCAUCGAGGCAAAAAUUCUGUCUGGGCACCCGUCUAAUGACCCGCUUGCCUCAUCUCAACCCCACGUUGCUCUGAUCGUUCAUGGCCCACUCCCACCCAAUGAAGAGGAAGGUCGGGUGUCCGCAGCUGGCUCUGAUAUCAAUGAGGUCCCCCCUUCUAUGGUACGCGGCCAGUCAAGCGAGAGGCGAUCAGGGAGAGGCGAAGCGCUCUUCUACCAGACCAGAGCUGAGGUGUAUUCUCUCCGAUCUGGUGAGCAUAUAACAACGCUGUUUGCCAGCAAACCUGUGCCAUCGCCGGAGAAUAGUCCGGGCCUUCCAUCCUUGGCACCUGCGCCAGUGGGUAGCUUGAGACUCUACAACAGCGGCAACCAUGUAAUUGUUGCUUCUGGCGUCAGUGGAGAGGUUUAUGUAUUUAGCCAUACGUUGACGGGUGUUUAUCAAUGUCUGGGGAAAACUUGGACUAAUGUUCAGACCAGAGAAGCUCGGCGAUACUCUACGUCGUCCAGCUCUACCGAUGCCGAUGGUUCCCACGAGGCACCUCGAAAUCCAGCCACAGAGCGACCGAUCUUGGCUGUUCAAGGAAGAUGGUUGGCGAUUGUCCCACCGUCCUCGUCCUACAGAGCCUCCAUCCAGGGAACUGUUCCUCCAACUUUGAUGCACACCAGAGCCCAAGGGAUGGAAACUCGCAGCCCGCCAACCGUGCCGUCGGUAAACUGUGCGACUGAUGUGGGCGAAGGAGAGAGCUUCCUCGAUAGGGUUGCCAGAGGUGUCACACAGGAACUAGUUAGAGGUGCUCGCUGGAUGGGUGACCAAGGGCUCCAGGCGUGGAACAACUAUUGGAAUAACCCUCAAUCUCCGUCCUCGGGCACCCCACCACAGCGACCAACCCGGGGCCUAGAACCGCAGGUGCAGGGAUAUGGGCUGUUCCCCCCGACGCAUGCCCAGGAUACCCAGGCAUCUUCGGCACCAGAGCCUGACGCGGUCUCCAUUCUCGAUCUCAAGCGAUUCGAUUAUGGUAUGGAUGCAAAGGCAGCAUCUCUCAACCCUGUGGCAACAUUCCAGGUCCCUAAUGGUUGCAGUUUCCUCUCUCUCUCUCCUGACGGAUUGUUGCUCUUCACUGCAAGCAAAAAGGGUGAUGUUCAAUAUGUGUGGGAUCUGAUGCAGCUCAAGCACUGCCGCGCUAUGGCAUUCAUGGCCGACGACCAGAGUGGUCACAGCCCCAAUGUGCGGCAGGUUGCUAGAUAUGCGCGAUUAACCACAUCGAGCAUUGUUGAUGUGAUUUGGACGGCCCCAGUCGGUGAUCGCUUGGCCAUUAUUACACGAAAGGGUACCAUUCAUGUUUUCGACUUGCCUCGGAGCGCAUUCCAGUGGCCUCCGUUCCGUCGAGCUCGACCGUCUGCAAUGAAGUCACCGAGUAUUGACCCGGUGGGUGAUGAACUAUCAGGUCAAGCAGCGGCUGGAAAUCCGCUGUCUGCGGCGAUGACUUUCAUGGGCGGCAAAACACAACCGUUCCUCUCAGCCGUCAGAGGUCGUGUCCAGUCUACUGGAGGUGGUUUCCCUCAUGUAAGUGGAUUCGCUCUGCCAACUGCGGCCAGCAUCAAAGGUGGCAAAGUUGUUGCGGCCGGUCUGAGUAAAUCCAUGGGCGCAGCAGCUACCGGCACUGUCGCGACCCUCCGGCACGUUGGUGAGAACCGGCUUCAUUUGCCGGGUCUUGCUCGAGAUCCGGCUCCGUCUCGUGUGAUUUGGAUUUUCAAUAAGGGUUCCAUUUUCAUGGGCCUGGUAGAUGGGGGACAGUUCAAACUGUACCGUCUGAAGCGAAGCACCACUACCAACAAGAAUCGUCAGUACUACUCUGUGAUUGGAAGCAAAGAAAUUCAGUUCAAAUUGCCAGCCAAUAUGCAGAGCCCUUGUGGACCCGCACUUCUUGUGCCUUACGAUCCUGAAAAGGUCGUCCAGGGGUCCCUUCUCUUACCUUCUGCCAGCUCCCAGCCUAUCAAUACGGGCAGGACCUUUUGUCAGCCGCUGUCCCAGGCUGAAAUCGAGACCAACACGCCCUACCAACCAUUCCACACAGAUCAGCGCGUUAGCCUCCAUGUCUACCCCACUGAUAGCGAAGCACAUGAUCCUAGUGGUCAGUGGGUCUUUGGCGAUAGUAUCCCCACAACCAAGGUGCAUGUGAGAUCGUACAACAACAGCGGCGAUGACCGAGAGGGCGACGAGGAGGAGAAUUCUGCCAUCUAUGGUCACUCUUUGGGGGCCGGUGGAGAUAUGGAGAACCUCAUCACCCUUGGCAAUAGCACCGGCAAUGUCGAGGAAGUGGUCAUUACCACUCGCCGGAAGAAGAGGCACUCCACUCCACCCAAGGUGGAUGACGGUUUCUUCGAAGAUGACUGCGAGGUUCUUGACUUUGCGCGGGACCGGGUUUGA